CUGGCAACUAUGCUUACAAGAAAUAAAAACAGCUGUUGAAAUUAUGUGUUCUUAAGUAAUAAUUUUUGUUCAGAGCAAUAAUAUUAAGUAGACCUUUAAUAAUUUUUUUUUUCAUUUCGUGAGAAUUAUGAAUAAAUGUUGUAAUAAGAACUUUCUUAAUUAUGUAAGAAAGUAUUCUUCCAAAUCAGAACAGCAUUUGAAAAGUUUUCACGACAAACCGGACCCAAAUUUGAUUAAAUAUGAUUACAUAGGACCUCCAGAUAAAAAAUCAAAUUUACGACCCUAUGUUCGCUGCAUCCCGAAACAAGAAAGUUUCCUCGAUAUGCAGUUACGAGAGAAACGAAUUGAAGUAGAAGAAUGGAAUCAAUCGUUUUGGUCAAAUCACAAUAAACGCUUUUAUGAGGAAAAGCAAGACUUCAUUAGAUUGCAUAAUCUAUCUGGAAUUCAGGAUAUUUCUGCUGACAAGAUGAGCGAAUUUUACAAAUCGUUUUUAGAUAAAAACAAGAAAGUUCAUAUUUUAUAUAAUAUAUCGUGGUACUUAAAAAAUUUUGAAAUUUUGGUACUCAGUUUCCAGGUGGCAGUUAAAAAUUUUAUUAAAAAAAUUAAAAAAUAAAUUAAAUUAUUAAAUUUAAGAACAA